CAAAUUUCAUGAAAGCUGAUGUCAGGAUGAAAAACAGGAACCCAAAAUAGUGGUAAGAAAAGGACAAAAUAACCUCUGCCACUGGAUUACAUGGUACCAAGACAUCAGAGAGACAGAACAUCCAAAUGCUGAUCACCUGCAAUGAGCAUGUGUCUUAGGAGAUGUGGGGACAGGGUUACACAGGGUUGUUUCUACCAAGUCACUGACAAAAAGUUCAGAUGAAGUUGUAUGAGCCGAUGCAAAGCUUAAUAGCCAAACUUUUGCCUUUUGCUUGGAAAGCACACUUGUUUUUACCUCUUCUUGUAAUAAACAACAACAAGUAGUAAAUUUUUAAGUGAGCUGUUCCACACUUUUGUCACUUAUGAACUUGACAGCACAGACAGAGGCCAGGUCUUAGAUUCUGGGCAGGGAGGAGCUGUGCUAAGACCAGUUAGUGCAGCAGAAUCAGCACAGAGCCUGUGCCUUGCCCCAUGGUGAUCUAGCUGCCAGGUCAUUUCUGUUGCUAAAAAAUCCCCUAGAAGUAGAAAAGCAGAAAAUGGAUUUCGAAAGGGCUCUUUUCUCUGAAGUAAGGGUUAUUUACAGCAUUUAAAGGGAUUAUGAGAAAUGAAACUUUUAAAAAUACAUUCAAGCACUGCAGGCUUCCAGCUGCCCUUGACAAGAAAUUUCAUCUAAAAAUAAUUUUCCAAACUGUGCUUCCAAGAAUCAAAGAUUCGCAUCUGUCAGAACUAUAAAUUUUUCCUCUUUUACACUUCCCUUUUUUUUGUCUAGGAAGGCUGAGAGAGGCGUGUGGAAUUAGUUAUUGUCAGUCUUGGUUUGCUAGUAGGGAUUCUCUCCUGACACAAAACUGGUGCUUACUGUGUCCAUAGCUCCAGCAGCUUGUGGAGAAGGUACAUGAAUUAGCAAAUUGGAUAGAAUUUGCAUCUUCCUCUGUGGUGAUACAGAGGCAUACCACUGCUGUGCGCCCAAGACCUGAGUGUUACUACAUAAAAGCCAGGCACAAGUUAAGCACCUUCAUUCCCCGGCUGUGUAUAUGCCACCAGGUCUGCACAGGGCAGUGGGUGAGGAAAGGAUGUGGAAACCUCUCUGAUUUGACGCUCGGAGCCAGGACGGACUUACCUUGCUGCCUUUCCACGUGCGAUAAAAAAGAGCACGAACAAUUGGUCCUUCGACUUUGCUCCUCUCUGCUCCGCAGUAAACCAAGGGGAAGGCCUGCCCUAGCAACAGGCACGAGGUGCCACCAGCUGCCUGCCGUUUAGUCAGCGGUCUCCUCCAGCUAGGGAUUAAUUCCCAAUUGCAGGGAAAGCUUCGUUUGCCACCCAGGCAGAGCUCUUGCCCUCGGCCGCAGGACGUGUGCUGGGUGGGGGGCAGCGGCGUCGGGCAACACGGCGGCUGUUCCAUCCGUGUUUGCUUUCCGGGCGUGGGUGCCGAGCGCGACGGACUGGAAAGAUGAGUAAUGCCACACGUGCUGUGCCCUCUCCCGUGGCACCUGGCACUCCAGGGCCUGGCACAGCAGCCAGGCUGGCUUCAGCCCCCCCAUUCUCAGCUGUUGCCCUGCUUACGGCUGCCCACAACAACUCCCAGGACGGCCAGCAGCUUUUCCUGACCACGAUAGCGGCGCAGGCCAUCUCUGGCAUCUUCGUGUGGUCAGCACUCAUCGUCACCUUCCACCAGAUCUACACACACCUGAGGAAUUACACCAUCCCCAAGGAGCAGCGCUACAUCAUCCGCAUCCUCUUCAUUGUGCCCGUCUAUGCCUUCGACUCCUGGCUCAGCCUCCUCCUCCUCGGCAGCCACCAGUACUACGUCUACUUCGACUCAGUGCGUGACUGCUACGAAGCUUUUGUGAUUUACAGCUUCCUGAGCCUGUGCUUCGAGUACCUGGGAGGGGAGAGCACCAUCAUGACAGAGAUCCGAGGGAAGCCCAUUGCGUCCAGCUGCUUUUAUGGGACCUGCUGCCUUCAGGGUAUGUCCUACUCCAUCGGGUUCCUGCGCUUCUGCAAGCAGGCCACACUGCAGUUCUGCAUCGUGAAACCCCUCAUGGCAAUCGUCACCAUCAUCCUGCAGGCAUUCGGCAAGUACCACGAUGGAGACUUCAACAUCCACAGUGGAUACCUCUACAUCACCAUCAUCUACAACUUCUCAGUCAGCCUGGCCCUUUAUGCCCUUUUCCUCUUCUACUUUGCCACCAUGGACCUGCUGCGCCCGUUUGAGCCGGUCCUCAAGUUCAUCACCAUCAAGGCCGUCAUCUUCCUCUCCUUCUGGCAAGGGACACUGCUGGCAAUCCUGGAGAAAUGCGGGGUGAUCCCUGAAGUUCAGAUCAUUGAUGGGAAGGAGGUGGGAGCUGGGACAGUGGCUGCUGGCUACCAGAACUUCAUCAUCUGCAUUGAAAUGCUCUUUGCUUCCAUUGCCCUGCGUUACGCAUUCACCUGCCAGGUGUACAGGGAGAAGAAAGAAAACUCAACAGCAAACCUUGCCCCGAUGCAGAGCAUCUCGAGUGGGCUGAAGGAGACCAUCAGCCCCCAGGACAUCGUGCAGGAUGCCAUCCACAACUUCUCACCUGCGUACCAGCAGUACACCCAGCAGUCGAUGCAGGAGGCAGAGCACAAAGCACCAGGGGACAACGGGCACGUGGCCUCCAAGAUGGAUGGACAGAGCAGCAGAAAGAGCAAAAACAUUGAAAAGAGAAUGCUAAUCCUGUCAGAUGAGGAGCUGUAGGAGAUGUCAGAAGAGACUCUGACACUGGAGAGGUUUUAACCCAUGCAAAAGGGAGAUGUCUUGAGGCUGAGACAGCCUGGGCUAAUCAAGAGUACUGAGAAGCCAGGAACUCCACUCAAAAAGCCAGUCUCUCAAAGGGAAGAUGCAACAACCCAGAAAAGGUUAAGUCAAAUAGUGCCAGCUUCUGCUGUCAUGGAUGAAGCUGUGUUGGACCCUGUGUUGCAGCCUGGGCUUUGCUGCCCCACUGCUGGCAUCUCUCUGCCAGCCCUGUGCCAAUGCUGGGGGAUGCCAGGAAGGGAGGGGAGCUGGGGUGCAGGACAGACCAGUCACCCUCACCCUCCUCUUAGCUCCAAGCAGUGCUGAGGCCUGAGAGAAAUGCUUUUCUCAGCACAGUUCUGCUCUAGUUUCUCCCAAUUUGAGUAAAAAAUGAUCUCCAAGGGCUCUGUGGAGAAAACCAGCCCAGGAAGGUGACUUCACUUCACCUCAAAACCCGGUAAAGGUUGAAAGACGUCAUUCCUUAUUUUUACAUUGUUCCCCCUCUCCUUCUCACAGCAAAGCUUAUAGAGAUGUGCAAAAGCCCUUUACCAUGGAGAAAGAGUAAGUCAUUCUCUUCUCCCUCCAGAUGUGGAUGCAGCUGUCCAAGUAACUCCCCCAGGAGCGUGGCAGGACCUCACUGGGACUAACCAGAGGUCUGCAGCUGCAUUUCUGGGAGCUGCCGGUGACAGAAGCGCUUGUUUACGUCUAAACCAGCUUAUCUCUGAACGGAUCAGAAGUUAAAAGGGAUUCCAGCUUCCUUAUCAGGAUCUUUAUUAGGGAACCAGACUGUGACUGGUGGUGGUAGGAAUUCACUUACUGGAAACUGUCUGUUCCUCCUAACCCUUCACUAUUCCCCAUCCCUGGGCUUUGCCUGACCUGUGGGAAGGCAAGCAGGAGCUGAGCCCAUCCAGGUGACCAUGGUGAGGAUAGAAAGGUGCUGAGGGAUGCUGCCACUUGGGGCAAGACCACAGGCAAGGGAAGACUGUGUAUGGAGAGAUGCUCCUCACAGCAGUGAGCACAUAUAUGGAGAGCGCACAUCCUUCUAUUAAGACUUCUCCUUUCUUCCCCAAUUUCUAGUCCAAUUUCUAUUCUUCUGUUAAUGAGAUGAUCCGUGGGGACUUACUUAGGCACCGAUUGGGCUGUUGUCAGGGGUGGUAGCUGGUGGCAGGAUGAAGGUAAAUCUACAGCCUCAGAUUUGCAGUCAUAUGGCAAACAGAACUGAUGGAUAAGGCUUGGAGCCCUUUUAAACGCAACUAGUAGAAUUUGGAUCUUUUUUUCCCCUGCUCUUAAGCUGCAAAAUGUAAAUCACAACACGAAAUUAUUUAUUUUUUUUCUAAUAAACAGCAAUUUCUAGCACAGAGCAAGCAAGCGUUUUCACUGAGCUCAGCAAGCAAAGCCCACGAUCUGCCUGUUCCUGCUAUAAUGCUGAUGCUCUUAAGCUUAACGUCCUCCCUGCCCCUCAAUGCUGGCCCAGCAGAAAUACCUGCACACGCAGCAUCCUGCACAUUUUGGCAUUCCUACAGGAUUUGUGCUCAUCUUUUUCACUCCACAAAGAACGUGCGUGUCUCCCGCUUCCUCUCCUUGCACAGCACCUCUUCCAACCCUCGCCUAAGCUGUGGAUGCAGCGGUUCAGAGGUGCUGGAUGUGGUUUAGCUAAGCUAAGCCCAGACUCCAGCACCAACAAGACAAGCUCUGUUUAUUAUUAUUGGAGAAAUCUUACCAUGCUGAAGCCCAGACUCCACACGAGCAGCCUAUAGUUCAGCCAGUCCUGCAAGUCCCUCUGGUCCAAAGGAGCACUGCUCAUACCUGCUCAGCUGCUGAGACUGCUGCCACUUCUGCAAUAAGGUCCAUAAACAAGAGCCAGAUGCUCUGCACAUCCAGGCAUUCAUCCAGGAUCUUGCACAUCUUGGGAGCAAGAUGGAAAGUGCACGGAAAGUGCAGCCUCAGUACUCAGGGACAAGGCUGCCUGGCUUUGUAACGCAGCCAACACCAAAGCAGGGACAUCUCAGCUGAACAUCUUGGUCUUCACCCCUCUGGGAGAGGACGGCCACAGCUGCAGGAACAGAGGCUGCUCUGGCUCCUGGGGCGAGGACAGACUGCAAAGGUGAUGAUGGCACAUCUGCCAGUGCACUCACAGCCGCUGAGAUAAAGACUUGCACAAGAACACAGCAAGAACCGUGGUUGUACUUCAUUGCACAAAUGAUCGACUCCGGUGCAUAAUGGGCUGCCUCCAUUGCUCUGCCAGCAGGUGCAAUUCCCACCGCAGACAAUAACAUUUGCCUAUUUAUGUCAA